CACUCUUGAUGCUGGAGCUCACUUGCACUGAAACACUUCAACCAGACAUUACUUCUGCACAGCAAGGACUCAGCAUUCUACCUCCAGUGUUCAGUGAAUGAGCUGCUAAUACCUCAGGAGGUUACACUGCUCUUCUAAUAAUCCAAAGUUCAGAAAAGCCGUUGGAAUUUCAGAGCCGAUUACUCACUUUAACACGCUAUAGCAACAAGACGACUUUUACUUCUUUUUGAUUUUUUCGGCUUUUUUGAAAGGACCCUCUCAGAAACACUUUGCUGGGAUUUUAUUUGAAUUGAUGGUAUUGUGUUAUUUGUUUGAAUGAAGGUGCUGCUGUACGCUUCGCAAGCCAACAUUCUCAUUAUAUUUUGUAUUUUGCCAAAUGAGUGAUGACUAAUUCAACAGAUACUUAUGUAAUGUUCAUCAGCUAGAACACUGAUGAUUUUUAAAGGAACCUAAUAACAACAGGAUCAAGUGCCAUUAACAUUAAGUCACUUUGUGGAGCUGUGGUUGUACAAAGCUACAAUGGCUUUUGGUGACCUCCUAGAGCAGGUGGGCAGCAUAGGACGCUUCCAGAUCCUGCAUGUAACCCUUCUCUGCAUACCUGUACUCAUGAUGGCCAGUCACAACCUGCUGCAGAACUUUGUGGCUGCUGUGCCCUCUCACUACUGCAGAGCGCACACAAACCUCACUCAGUCUGAGCUGAGCCCGGAGGAAACUCUGAUGAUCACAGUGCCCCUAGACCAGAAAGGGAAGCCUGAAAGGUGUCAGCGUUACAUCGCUCCUCAGUGGCAUCUCCUGGAUAAGAAUGGGACCUCCAUGUCAGGAGAGCAGGGAGACAUCGAGGAUGGUUUUGCCGUUGACCUGCAGGGAUGCACAGAUGGGUGGUCCUAUAACAUGACUGAGAUGAGCUCCACUAUUAUAUCUGAUUGGCACUUGGUGUGUGAUACGCGCUCCUUGAAGCAAAUGGGACAAACCAUCUACAUGGGAGGUGUGCUUGUGGGAGCCGUUGUCUUUGGAGGUCUUUCUGACAGAUACGGUCGACGCAUCCUCCUGCUCAUCUCUAACCUGCUGAUGGCAGUGGCUGGAACGUGUGCUGCUUUCUCAGCCUCCUUCCCCAUCUUCUGCGUGUUCCGCUUUGGUUGUGGCAUGGCUCUGUCUGGCCUAGGGCUCAACACCUUCUCACUCAUUGUGGAAUGGAUCCCCACUCGUGUGCGAACUGGUGUGGGGACCCUCACAGGUUACUGUUACACACUGGGACAGCUGCUCCUGGCAGUCAUAGCCUACUUCAUUCGGGAUUGGAGGUGGUUAACCUUGACUGUGUCUUUGCCCUUCUAUGUCUUCUUCCUCUACUCCUGGUGGUUCCAUGAAUCUUCAAGAUGGUUAGCUCUGAGUAACAAACCUGAACAAGCCAUCAAAAACCUCAAAAGUGUGGCAAAAUUUAAUGGACGCCAUGAAGAGGGAGAAAAAAUCGACAUUAAAAUGUUGCAGGAGUCCAUGAAGAAAGAGAUGUCAUGUUCACAGGGUUCCUACUCUGUCUUGGAUCUGUUCCGCACACCCACAAUGAGGAAAAUGACGAUCUGCCUCAGUGCAGUCUGGUUAUCAACGAGCUUUGCCUAUUAUGGUCUUUCUAUGGAUCUUCAAAAGUUUGGGGUGGAUAUCUACUUGAUCCAAGUGAUCUUUGGAGCUGUUGAUAUCCCUGCCAAAGUUAUUGUAACUGUAUCCAUGAGUUUUAUCGGACGGCGGCCAUCACAAUGUGGUGCUCUCAUCUUUGCUGGAGUCACCAUUUUGAUCAAUGUGCUGGUACCUUAUGAUAAACAGACUUUGCGCACGUGCCUGGCUGUGGUGGGUAAAGGUUGCCUUGCUGCCUCCUUCAACUGUUGUUACCUUUACUCUGGAGAACUGUACCCGACCAUCAUUCGUCAAAACGGCAUGGGUUGGGUAUCCAUGAUGGCUCGUAUAGGAGCCAUGGUGGCCCCUAUGGUGCUUCUCGUUGGUGAACACAUGCCUUGGCUGCCAGGUUUAAUUUACGGAGGCGCUCCGAUCCUUAGUGGGGUGGCUGCAAUAUUUCUCCCAGAAACACUUGGUUCACCCCUUCCUGACACAAUACAAGAUGUGGAGGACAGGGGAUCUGGGAGACGCUCCAAAACUCCACCAAAGGAAGCAAUAAUCUUGCAAGACACCCAGGCAAAUCUCCUGAAGCAGGCAGCCUGAGGGCAUCUGUAUUGUACUCUUGUUGUUUUUGCUGACACGUUAAUGGAAAUAGAGUGGGUACUGCUUUUUUUCUCCAGCCUGUUUAUCGGUUAAUUCCCAUAAAGAGUUUAUUAUGUUGCACAACUGCUGGACAAAUGGAGUUGCAAUAUUAUUUUUGGACAGGUCAAUACAUUGUAAUGAAUAGCUGCAAACAAUCAGAUCUAUUUUGUUUUACAGUAGCUUUGAGGACUUUAGUCUAACUUUGGACCAAUUAUGUAUUAUAUUUAAUAUAUCUGUUAAACAUGAAUUUCUAUAUACAUCAUAAACCUUCCACACGUUAAAGACUGUGCUAUGCUUCAUUGCUAUUUUUUUUAACUUCUUAUUACUUUAUAUUCGAACCUGUAUUUUUAAACAAGAAUGUUUUGUAUUUUCAUUAAAAUUGACACCUAUUCAUUUA